AUGGCGCCAGGUUUUCCUAGGCGAAAGCUUCCUACAACUACUACUUUGCGUACUUCAUACCUCCACAACGUUGUCAACAAUCGCCGCACAUCUCGUGCUCAGAGGGACAUUGAAUCUUUACUCCAACAGCCUUCAACCAACAGGCCUACCUCUGCCGCAUCUGCCCCAGCCAGACAGAAACCAUCCUCACCUGAGAAAUCUCCCGCUUCAACCCAGCCAAAACCGACCCCCUCAGGGUCUCGUUGGAAUCUCAGUGAAGACCUUCCACUACCCCCAUCUCCUUCCCCCCCAACUCCCAAAGGCCCUCCAACCCGACCGAUGCCGUUCCCCCCUGCUUCAGGAGCCCCAGGGCCUCCAAUGACGGGUGAUCCAUUUGGUUAUUUGCUGCCCUACCAUCCAGUGAAUGAAUUGGCGCAGCAAACCACCAACUACCUCUUAUCAGAUUUCCCAGACUCAGGGGACUACAUCCAGCCCGGUAUCCACCAACCCCAACACCAUCCGCAACAAACUCAACAUCAUCGGCAACACCAUCUGCAACAAACUCAACACCAUCCGCAACAACCUCAACACCAGACACAACAAGCUCAACACCAUCCGCAACAACCUCAACACCAUACACAACGAGCUCAACACCAUCUGCAACAAACUCAACACCAUCCGCAACAAACUCAACACCAUCCGCAACAAACUCAACAUCAUCGGCAACACCAUCCGCAACAAACUCAACACCAUCCGCAACAACCUCAACACCAGACACAACAAGCUCGGUCCUCCCACGACCCCCACCACAUCUCACCCAUUUACAGUGAUGCCCCUCCUACCGGCAGAACACCAGCCCAAUACCUCCCCCCACGCCAAAUAUCAAGCCGCGAGUCCAAUCAACACCCACCCCCACCCAGUCAAAAAUUAGCAGCAAGUCAACAAACCCCAGCUACGCAGGUUCAAGCCAAGCCCCUGCCCAGUUGGGAAGAACUCACCACUGACGCCGAAGCCACUCUUGCGAAUCAAAAGGACGCCGGUAAGACUCGGGGCACCAGCUCUCGUGGACGUGGCGUACGUGGUGGUGGGGCGCCAAGGGCCCGUGCAUCCAAGCGAACCAGUGUUCCAUCGGGUGUCACCCCAGCUUCCGGACCGGCGGCAUCUGCGACUGCCACACCUGUUGGGGCGGCAUCUGCAACUGCCACACCUGUUGGCACCUCCCCCCCACCAACUAACUUACCAGCCCCCUCAUCGGCUGUUCCUCGGUACGCUGGCAGCCCGGACUUCUCUUUGAAAACGGCUGCACCACCCGCUUCAAGGAGGCCUUUGGAGGAUGAUGUCGUAAAAGAAUACGACAACGAAUCUCUAGACGAACUUCGCCGCAUCGCCCGCCAGUUUUCCCGCUACUAUUGCUUAACAGCCGAACAAAAAGUAGAACUAGACGGAAUCUAUGAUCGCUAUCAGAGGGAUGUUCACAAGAUGGCCAUCAAGCACCAGUUGGAUCCUGCGGUUUCAUUGUCAUAUCUUGGAAACAAAACACGAAUUCGGGGUCCCACCAAUUACAACAACUUUUGCGUGUAUGAUCCGCAAGCGAGUCCCAUUCAUCAUGACUAUUCCAAGACGUCGGACGAACGAGCUAAAUUGACUGCAGCUCUUUGGAAUCAGUUGGACAAGGAAGCAAAAGCUAAAUUCCGAGAUCCCGCCUUCCUUGAGACGCUUCCAAACCCAUACAUAAAUAUUCGGAAGGCUGCGGAGGCUUGCGUUGGUGGUGAUGGUACAAAUCCCGAUGAAGAGGCGAGUGAACGAUCGAAGGCAAGAAAGCAAUAUGCUAACAUGAAACCCGAACGAUGGGCGCAAAAAACAAUGCUAGACUUGAAGAGGAUUGCCGAAGCCUAUCAAGUCGAAGGCUUCAUGGUCUUUGUCUGUCGCCACAGGAAACAAACGGCCAUCACGGCCGGUGGAAGCUACCUUGGUCAACAAUAUCUCGAUAUCACCGAAGACAACAAAGAUGUGAUCGGUCCGGCGCAGGACUUUGCCGAUUUUGUCAACGGUUCUAAAGUCAUCAAGAAACACACGGGGCUGGAUCCACUGCCUGUUAAAAACCCAAGAAAACAAAAAUUCGGCAGAAAGGUCUUGGCCGAUGGGAAAUACGAUAAGGGGAGCAAGGAACUGAACCUGGUUGAUGUCAGGGAGAAGUUGAGAAAAGCCUUGAGUGCGGCUACAGGUGGCCGCUACAAUAAAGGAUGGCCUGGUAAGACCAAGGCAAAGCUCCAAGAGCUAGGGGUGAAGAUGGAGGUUCAGAAAAACGACCUGAAUGUCACGCCCGAGUCCUUCUGUGGAUCGCUGGCCCCAAAGUGGGAUAUCGAUUUGCAACACCUCCAAGUGGCCAUUGGCAAGGGUUGGUUUAGGUUGAACAGUUCAAAGAAAAAUGGAGAAAAUGUCGAGCUCGGCAGUACAAACGAAGGGGAUGAAGACGAUGAAACAAGCGGUAAUGGUGUGUCUACCAACAGCAAUAUCACCGGCGGGGCCGCCAAUCGCAAAAAAGCCGUCGGACUUGCAAAAAUAAAAACCAUCCCAAGAAGAUCGUACAAGUCUUCCAACAAGAAACACACCCCUGGAAAACCGACCAGUUCCCGCAAGUCCAAAGCAGCCAGCAAGUUGAACCCAAAGCACCGGAAACCUUGCAAAAACACCGAGCCGGUUUCCGCAAAGAAAAUGACCAAAGCAACCGACGCGAGGGGCAUUAAACGUGGCCGUGAUGACCAUUCCACUGGUAGGAAGGCCAAAAGGUCUCGAACUGCCACUACGAUUGUGGAAGACGACGACGAGGAGGAGGAAGAAGAAGAAACCAGCGAGGAAGAAGACGACGAAGAGUAUAGCGAGGAAGAGGAAGAAGAAAAUGAAGAAAAUGAGGAAGAAGACGAUGAAGACGAUGAUGACGAUGAUAGCGACGACAGGGAGUAG